AACAAAACUGCUAAAGAUUAUUUAAAAUACAUACUCGUGAAUAUAAACUGCAAAUGCUUGAUUAUAAUAGGCUUUUUUAUGUGCAUUUUAUGCUUUAUCACCAAGAUCUUCACCAUUUCGAAGGUUAUAGCUACAUAGAGAGAGAGAGAGACGGAGAGAGAGAGUGAGUGAGAUAGAGAGAGAGGGAGCUGACAAAAUCCAACCCCGUUCCUAAUAUAGUAUUUUAUUUUUCACAUUGCAUAUUGAGAGCAAAGGGUUGUGUAAAUGGGAGAACGCGUGCAUACAUUGAGGCAUAUGCUACCCUUCAUCCACCCAUUGCCAGUUCUUGGAAGAGAUCUUCCAGCUAUUCAUAUGCCAGAGGCGAGACCGCCUAGACUUUCGGUUUUGCUAUCUGUAAUGGUCAGCCUACGAGAAGAAUGAUGAGUAACAACUAAAAAUGUAGCAUCGCAGGAAAUCUUGGCACAGUUCUGGAGAAGUUUUGGGUUAGUCAACAUCAAACUGCAUUUGCGACUGCACAUAAUCAUUCAUCCAUGCUUUGGGACCAUGGAGGGAUGGUAUGAGUGGGCCCUAAAUCAGAAUGGUCCAGCAUAAUGACACUGACCAUACAGUUGCACGACAGGGCCCAUCCAAGCCAGGCGAGUGCCCCAAACCCUCCUCUGUUUCAUCAACACACUUUCACCCCUUUCGGGACCAGAAGGAAUGUGAACUCAUCACACAGACUGUGGAUUACCUGACCCACAGUGGAUUUUACUGGGGUCCUUUGGACGUAGAUGAAGCUCAUACACGACUGGCCAGACUUCCUCUUGGGACAUUCCUGAUCCGGGACAGCAUGCAGGCGAAUGUUUUCUUCACUCUCAGCUAUCGGGCUUCCGAGGGCCCGACCAGUGUGCGAGUGCUCAUAAAGGAUGGAAGUUUCAGUUUAGCAGGCAGUAAACAUACAUUCUCUUGUCUUUUUGGCCUGCUACGAUACUAUAUUGCGUCCCCGAAAAAGAGUCUGAGUAUGCCGUAUCGUGGAGAUGUGCCGCAGAGCCUACAAGAACUGGCGAGAAGAGCGGUGGUACAGAGUUUUGGGAAAGAUAGUAUUCAACAACUGCCUGUGAGCAAGAAACUUAAAGAAUUUCUGUGGUUGUACCCUUUUAGUAUAUGAAUCUGUGUAGUCUAUAUGAAGAUAUUACAGAUGCUGCAGCUCUUUAACAUAGCACAAUUUAUUGGGACUCUCAUCUCAAAGUACAUUUCAUAAGGCAUUGUCACAGUGGAAAUUCAGUGAAAUUUCAUGGGCAAAAAUAUGUCCUUUGUUCAUUGUCAAUAGUGUAGCGACGCAUGAAGUUACUUUAAAACCAAGUAAUUUUAUUUCAGUCACACUGCAGCUUUGUG